UUUCCCUCUCGACCAUGAUUAGAAAACAUAAUAGAGAAUUGAAAAGGAUCCGCCCGCAGGGCUGCGCAAGGUCUUGAGAAUGUGGAGCACCUUCCAUUGGCUUCAACCUGCCAACAGCAUUCUGGUUUUCUUUUUUUUGUUUCUGACUUGUAUCGAUCGCGCGCUCAACUUGAAGUGCCUUUUGCGCCAGUGUGGGAUUGUGGAAAAACUGCUUGCCAAAAAUGAAGUGCAAUAUCAAGUAAUUUGUAUAUACAGCAAACUUUUUUUCCGUAGAGGAAAGACAUGUUGAAGAUGAACUUAAUUGGUGGAUUUGAGCUACUUGCUAUCUCUCAGACACUUUUCUAACACCAUUGACGCAACUCAUAAGUGACUUGUACUUGGAUCUCCCAAACCCUUUGCUAUAUAUAAGAGCGUGGCCUGGUCUUAGAAACUUGGUACUGUUCUUCCCCAAAACCAACGUAAUAGACACUUCCAAGUUCCAAUUCUAAGCGGCGUCGUCUUCAUCCCGACUCAGGACUCAGGACUUGUAGCAGUGGCCACUAGGGCUUGCAUUCUUUGUCCUCUCAUUUUCUUUUCCCCAGUCAACAAGGCACCCCCCCGUAAGCUUUACGCCACACGAAAAUGAAUUGAUCCAAGAAACAGCCCUAUCUAUUUAAUCAUAACAAACUAGUUCACAUGUCAGCUGGGCCCCUCUGAUUCUGGCGGGAAUCCAUCCCUCUCAGAGUCUCAGUUCAGCUCACAGGUUCCAGGUCCAUAGCAGACUUGAGAAGUCAACCCAGACUUCGAGUCAUUCGAACUCGCAUUGGCCGCCAUUAAAAUUACCCACUAAACAUCCGAUCGCAUCAGAAUCAGCCUAACCUUCAAUUCCACAUUAAUAUAUAUAACACAAUCUCCCCACCAUUCUAGUGAUCGAAUCCCCCACAACCAUGUCACCCUUCUUCCUGUUCUUCCUCUUCAUCUUCACCCUCUCAACCCCACCGCCGUCCUCCGCCCAACGAAACCUCACAUCCUUUUCCAUCUCCGACUCCCCUUGGACCCCACUUGACAAGCUCACCCUCCUCUCCCCCAACUCCGCCUUCGCCGCUGGCUUCCUCCCCCUCCUCCCCUCAUCCUCUUCCCUCUACAACUUCUCCAUCUGGUUCAGCAACAUCUCCGCCCCAAACACCGUAGUUUGGUCCACCACCGGCCCUCCUCUGGGCCCCGACGCCACUCUCUCCAUCACCUCCGCCGGCCUCCUCCGCCUCUCCAACUCCUCCUCCGGCGAAAACCUCUUCCCGGGAACCCCCUCCACCGCAAAAAACACUACCCAGCUCAAGCUCCGUAACGACGGAAACCUCAUCUACGGCGACUGGCAGAGCUUCUCUUUCCCGACUGACACUGCUUUACCUAACCAAUCCUUGAGCGGGAACUUCACCCUUGUCUCCAAAAACCGCAAGUUCAGCUUCAUCAACUCCACCCAGCUCGUCUUCAACUUCACCGAGCAGUACCAGGACCUCACCGACGCCUUCCUUAGCUUCGACUCCUCCGGCCAAAUGAAGCAGGCAAACGGCAAGUCGUUUAUCGUCUCCGACUUUGGUCUCAACAACUCACGCCGGCUCACCCUCGACAACGACGGAAACCUCCGCAUUUACAGCUUCGAUCCCACCAUCUCAACCUGGAAAAUCGUCUGGCAGUCAGGCUACGAGCUCUGUCAGGUGCACGGCGCGUGCGGGCCCAACGCCAUCUGCGUCAGCGACGGGUCUAGCUCGAGCUACUACUGCGUCUGCCCGCCGGGGUUUCAGCCGGUACCAAACGGAGCCAUAGAGGACCAAGGCUGCGAGAGGAAGAUCCCACUUGCUAAAAAGACCAAGUUUCUCCAACUCGAUUACGUCAACUUUACCGGCGGGUCAAACCAGACCAAUUGGCCCGCAACUAACUUUAGUCAAUGCCAAUCAAGGUGUCUAAACAGAGACAACUGUUUAGGGUUUAUGUUCAAAUACGACGGCCAAGGCUUCUGUGUGUUGCAGCUGGACCGGUUGCUAUACGGGUACUGGUCACCGGGAACCGAAAGAGCUAUGUUUCUCCGGGUGGACGGAGCCGAAACCGAUAAGUCGAAUUUUACAGGAAUGACGGAGCUGCUAGAGACGACGUGUCCGGUUGAGAUCAGUCUCCCCCUGCCGCCGCAAGAGUCGAACGCCACCACCAGGAACAUAGUGAUUAUCUGUACACUUUUUGCUGCUGAGUUGAUUUCCGGGGUGCUGUUCUUCUGGGCUUUUAUCAAGAAGUAUAUAAAGUAUAGAGACAUGGCUCGGACGCUUGGGCUUGAGUUUCUCCCGGCCGGCGGGCCGAAGAGGUUUUCGUACGCCGAGCUGAAGGCAGCGACUAAGGACUUCUCCAAUCUGAUCGGAAGAGGUGGGUUUGGCGAUGUUUAUAGAGGAGAGCUGACGGAUCAGAGGGUGGUGGCGGUAAAGUGUUUGAAACACGUGGCCGGCGGCGAUGCCGAGUUUUGGGCGGAGGUGACGAUUAUUGCGCGGAUGCACCACCUCAAUUUGGUCAGGUUGUGGGGCUUCUGCGCGGAGAAAGGUCAGAGGAUCCUAGUUUAUGAGUAUGUCCCGAAUGGGUCCCUAGACAAUUACCUUUUCAAACCGGGUCGGGUUUUGGCUACGGAUCAGGAAUCGGAUAACGGAGCCCCGGUGGAGGAUGAGAAACCGAUUCUUGAUUGGGGGAUAAGGUACCGAAUCGCAUUAGGCGUGGCGAGAUCGAUUGCUUACUUGCACGAAGAGUGUCUAGAAUGGGUGUUGCAUUGUGAUAUUAAGCCGGAAAAUAUACUACUCGGCGACGACUUUUGCCCGAAAAUAUCGGAUUUCGGGUUGGCGAAGUUGAAGAAGAAGGAGGACAUGGUAACCAUAUCUCGGAUGCAAGGGACUCGAGGGUACAUGGCGCCGGAGUGGGUCAAGAUGGACCCGAUCACACCCAAGGCUGACGUGUACAGCUUUGGAAUGGUCUUGCUGGAGCUUGUGACCGGGGUGCGGAACAAUGAUGUUCAAGGGUCCAUGAUGGAGAGCGAGGAUUGGUAUUUCCCGAGAUGGGCGUUUGAGAAGGUGUUUAAGGAGAUGAAUGUGGAGGAUAUCUUGGACCGUCAUAUCAAGCAUUGUUACGAUAGCAGGACGAAUUUUGAUGCGGUGAACCGAAUGGUGAAGACGGCAAUGUGGUGCCUUCAAGACCGGCCAGAGAUGAGGCCGUCAAUGGGCAAAGUGGCUAAGAUGCUGGAAGGGACUGUGGAUAUCACCGAACCUAAGAAGCCCACCAUAUUUUUCCUCAGUGAUGACUAGCAAGGCCUGUCGUCUAAAUAAUGUGGGUAUAUUACGUAGUUGAUGGCGGCCGUCACAUUUUUCUUUGUAGAAGCUUUUGGUCAAUACAUUAAAGAAAUUAGGUGUGCGUUAUCUUGUAAUUGUGCCAUUGGAAUAAUGCUCAUGCAAUCAAAAAAAGAAAUGUAUUCUGCUGCCAAUUAAGGAAUGAAACUACCAACUUGCU